AUGAAAAACUCCAAUGUCACCUUUGUUAACCCCCAAUAUUUCACCCUGCUUGGAGUCCCUGGUCUGGAGUCUGUGCAGCACUGGAUAGGGAUUCCAUUUUGCAUCAUGAUCCUCCUUGCUCUCAUGGGAAACUGCACCAUCUUGUCUGUCAUCUGGAGGGACCCAUCACUCCACCAACCCAUGUACCUUCUCCUGGCCAUGUUAGCCAUCAAUGACCUUGGUAUUUUCCCUGUCUUAUUUCCUAAAACUUUGGCCAUUCUCUGGUUUGACCUCAAAGAGAUUGAAUUCAAUAUCUGUCUGACCCAAAUGUUUUUUGUGCAUGUCCUGGCAGGGUUCGAAACUGGGAUCCUGGUAGCCAUGGCCCUGGAUCGCUAUGUGGCCAUAUGCCGUCCCUUAAGGUACACAGCUAUCCUGACGCCCCAAGUCCUUCUGGGGAUUGCAGGAAUGGUGGUUAUGAGGGCUGUGCUUCUCGUCUCCAUCUGUCCCAUCCUUAUCAAAGUGAGGCUAACAUCUUUCCGCUCCACAGUGAUAGCUCAUUCUUACUGUGAACACAUGGCAGUGGUGAAACUGGCUGCGGGCGACACUCGAGCCAACAAGUUCUAUGGUUUGGCCGUUAUCAUGACUUUGUGUUGGUGUGACAUUUCCUUCAUUUCUACCUCCUACAUUCUCAUCUUCAGGGCUGUCAUGAGGCUGCCAGGGAAGGAGGCCAGGGUCAAAGCAGUCAAUACGUGCACAGCCCACAUUACCAUUAUUGUCCUCAGCUAUUCACUGGCCCUCUUCUCCUUCCUAGCUCACCGAUAUGGCCACCACGUGGCUCCUUAUGUCCACAUCUUGCUGGCCAACAUUUACCUCUUGGUACCACCUGUGGUGAACCCCAUUGUCUAUGGAGUGAAGACCAAGGAGAUUCGAAUUCGUGUGAUCACCAUGUUUUCCCUUCAGAGACAAAAGCCUAAAUCUUGA